AUGACAUGUCGAUGGAGAGUGAUCAUCCGUGAAGACCCGCAGGGCGUGUCCGAGUACAUUGCCGAGUACAUCGUCAGCCGCAUCCAGACCUUCAACCCGACGCCCGAGAAGCCAUUUGUGCUGGGUCUCCCUACAGGCAGCAGCCCCGAGAUCAUCUAUCGCAUCCUUGUGAAGCGGUACAAGGCCGGCGAGAUCUCUUUCCGCAAUGUCGUGACCUUCAACAUGGAUGAAUACGUCGGGCUUCCGCGCGACCACCCCGAGUCGUACCACAGCUUCAUGUACAAGCACUUCUUCUCGCAUGUCGACAUCCUCCCCGCCAACAUCAACAUCCUAAACGGCAAUGCUCCCGACCUGGCCGCCGAAGCCGCCGCCUACGAAGCCAAGAUUGCGCGAAUGGGCGGCAUUGAGCUGUUCCUGGGCGGUGUCGGCCCCGACGGGCAUAUCGCAUUCAACGAGCCCGGCUCAUCGCUGCACAGUCGCACACGCGUCAAGACGCUGGCCUACGACACCAUCGUCGCCAACUCGCGCUUCUUUGGCGGUGACGUGCACAAGGUCCCCAAGAUGGCGCUGACCGUGGGCAUCCAGACCAUCAUGGAUGCGCGCGAGGUUGUUGUUGUCUGCACGGGCUCGCACAAGGCGCUGGCCUUGCACCAUGGCCUCGAGGGCGGCGUUAACCACAUGUGGACUCUGUCUGCCCUGCAACUGCACCCUCAUCCGCUGAUCGUGGCUGACCGUGACGCCACCAUGGAACUCAAGGUCAAGACCGUCAAGUACUUCGAGUCGAUCGAGCAGUCUGGUACCGACGCGCGCACCCAGGGCCCUCCGCUUGUCUACCGCCCUCGAACAUACGUGCCUGCGCCACUGCUGACCACUGGCGCAAGGCCGACAUCGCAACCAUCGCAGCCACAGCCGACCAGCGAGCCCGCCACCAAAGUGUUCCCCAAGGACCUCAAGAUCAACACCGACAUGCGCCGCUCCAUGGACGAGGACGGCGAGCUGACCCCAGACAGCAUGUCCUCGCGCCUCCUCGACUCGGCCGUUUCCGGCAUGGACGCUGCGCUCAAAAACGAUCUGACGCUGGACCCGAUGGGAUCUCGGGUGACUCCUGUGUAG